AUGAGUGCGCAAAUCAGGAAAAAAAAAAACCUCCUUGAGAGGGAAACAAAGCUGAACAACUUGGCACAAAUUUUCCACCGGAAACUCGAAACGUUGCUCAUAUACAUAAGGGUUCCAAAGAAGAAACAGGAGAAGCUAUUCUUUAAUGAUUUUUUUAAUGUAGAGGAGGUUAGUGCUUAUAUAAACACCGUUGUAGACGAUGAGCAGUGUGUUGAUGGGAUGCAUGACAAUCAUCUGGACCACGCUGGUGGAAAGCCCUGCUCAGGGGAAAGCAGCCUCAACCUGAACGCAGACAAUGAAAUAAAAAGCAACAAAGACAUUUUCAUAAAAAAUUUACUGAUCUUCCUGAACAACCUAAUCGUUCUGUACUUCUCCAAGAGUAACCUAAUUGAUGUUUGUAUAAAUCGCAGGAGCUUCAACAAGUGUGGCUUCUAUGCAUGUGACAACGUAUUUUUAAACGCCCCCAACAAGGGCAAAUACAAAAUAGACGCAAAAAGUAAGAACAUUUACCUCAGGGAAUAUUACGACUUGUUUUGUUCCGCCAGCUGCAUGAAUUACAACCUGCACCUGCUCAAAGAGAUUGCGAAGAAUGCGAAAAAUGCCAAUAACGCCAAGGGGGGACCAGGAGGAGCAGGAGGAGACAAGACCAACCUUAAAACCAAGUGCCAAUUAAUAUAUAUCAUGUUCUUAACCUUCUUCCCCAUUUUUAAGUUUCAUGACAUUAAUGUACUCCUCAACAAUUUAGAGCUCGUGUACAUUCAAAACCAUAAAAUUUUUUUCAAGUCCGGGAAGGGAGAAGUGGUGCAGAUGGAUGGAAAAGACAAGGGGGAUGCACAUCACACGCACGAGAAGAACAACAAGAAGAAUAAUGCAGUGAAUGGUGAAGACAAAGUAUGCACCAUUAGAACGGUGAAGGAUCAAGUUAGUCAGAAAAACCAUCAGUUGAAAAAGACCCUCUUUCCAAUCAUCGUGGAGAAACAGGACGGCUGUGAAGACAAUGAGGAGGAAAUUACCGACGAAUCCCCCCAAGACAUUUCUUCUAAUGACAAAGUUAUACCUAACCACGUGGUGAGGAGUGACCACCCACAAGGGGAAACAUCCAAUGAGCGAGAUGGAAAUAAAAUGUUAAUUCUUCCCCUGGUGGAAUCACUCAGAGAUUAUACCCAAGUGAAGACAAAGGAGGACCAUCCCACCAAAGAAGAGGGGGAUAAUUAUACAAAAAAAGAACAGGGGAAAAAUAAUAAAUGUAAAAAUGUAAGAUUUAAUGAAGACGUACAAACGUAUGAGUACUUCAAAGACGAACGGGUCGAUGUGUAUAGUGUGGCUAAGACCUCCAUGGAGGUGAACCACGAGGGUGCUGCACAAGGGGAGGAUUCUCCGCCAAGUGAGGAUAUUAUUACGUAUAACGCUUCUCAAUCGGGUGACGCUUCUAAAUCGGAUGAGGACGAUCAUGGGGGGAAGGUUGACUCCGGUGAACCAACACAACGGGGUGAAACUACCAUGAGGGAAGAGCCAGCUGAGGAGACGAACGGACAGUCCGUCACACUUCAAGGCGCUAGUGAUGAAGAGGUGAAAGAAGAAGCCGCUCGUGAGACGGAACCCCCCGAUGGCGAAAUGGCCAAAGUGUAUGAACAAGUCAGGCAGUCCAUUUUUACAAACCAUAAACACUUCUUUGAAGACAUCCUGACAAACAACCUUUUCGAUUCGAACAAGGUUAUCGGCUUUGACUACGAGGGGGGGGAGCAGGAGGACAAAGAGAAGCAAGCUGAACAAGUGGAGGAAGAGAAGCAGGUGGAACAAACGGAGGAAAAGCAAGUUGAACAGGAGAAGACUGAGAAAGACCUCCGGACGUGCGCCGCGCAGCGGAUGAGCGAAAUUAACCUCAAGCACGACCGGGAAAGGAAAGGGAGGAGGAUCGUUUUGUUGAGCUCUCCCGGAGGAGGGGGAGCCACAAGGGGGAUUCCCCAGGCCAAUGAGGGUGGCGGUGCACCUGAGGAGGAUGAGGCCGAGUCCGUGGGCGCAAUGAGCGACGUGGUGGGGAGAGAAAAGGAAGACGCUACUUCACUUGAUGAAGAGAAGGAAGACGCUACUUCACUUGAUGAAGAGAAGGAAGACGCUACUUCACUUGAUGAAGAGAAGGAAGACGCUACUUCACGUGAUGAAGAGAAGGAGGAUGCUGCUUCACCUGAUGAAGAGAACGAAGAUGCUGCUUCACGUGAUGAACAAAAGGAAGACGCUGCUUCACCUGAUGAAGAGGACAACGAGAAGCUGCAAAACCUGUUGAUGGAGAAGAAGAAAAAAAUCAGCAAGCAGUACGACGAGACGUUCAAUAGGUGCAUGCCGCCGUUCCUGUUCUCAGGAACAGACGGCGACAGCGGAGGAGAGGAAUGCCCCGAAGAUCUCCUCAAUGAUAAGGACGAAUCAUCGGAUGACGAAGAACAAGUGCAGCAAGUGAAGGGACAAAAUAAGUACACCUACAGCACCGACAAGUGUAGCGCGUACGAAGACAUGUCCCUUUAUGUAGUCCUCUGGGAUAUCCUCACAGGGAUCAUCUCACAGUAUACAUUUUACUUCUUCCAAGGAAGUGAAUUCAUUAUCCCCAAGUGUCUAACUGAAGAGGAGCGAGACAGAAAAAACGAGUUCCUGAGGAAUGUCUCACAGCAUAUGCCUAGAACUAUCCACCCAAUCGCGCCCACCAUCCUUAACGUCUGCCAAACAUUUUCCUUUGGAAAACCCCUACUACCAUUUAAAAAAAUAAUAUACGAGUCCAUUAUCUACGUCAUUGCAGCGGCGCUUGCACGACACAAGGUCGAAUUGAUUCCUUCCGGAGAAAUGGAAAACGUCCGGAAGGCGGAAGAAUUUCUCAUUUUGGAAAAUGGAAUGGAUGAGGAGCAGCUGGAGGAGUUGGCGAUGCUUUUUUGUGAACACUUUUGCCACUAG